AUGGCAGAGAACCUGGAGGUGCAAGUGCCUCAGGAACAGCUGCCAGCAAAAGGCAAGUGCCACGACUGCGGCGAAGAGUUUAAGACGGAGGAGCUUUGCGGUCGCUGGUCCAAGAAGCAGUGCGGACAGUGCAAAAGCUUGAGUCUCCGACUCUGGCGUCACCUAGGGGCCUGGGAGUCCUUUGCAAAGCUCGACGAAACGGAGCGCACGCGCUUCUUCAGUCAGUCGAACGGCUGCAAGGACUGGGCCACAGUCCAAAGCAACUUCACCGAGGCCCUGACGCGUCAGCGUGUUUCGGAGACACGCUCCGAAACGGGCGGCAGCUACCUCCCUGCCAGCGUGCUCCUCUCGCAAGGCUGGACGCAAGACGUCCUGGACAACUGCAGCGACACGGAAGAAAACGAGAAGCUAGGAGGUACGACGUACCGCUUGUCGGUACACUCGGUGCACAACUUCGAAGUCGAGCGCACAGUGCGAGAGGAAGUGCUCACGCGCGUGAAAACGAUCGCGCAGGGGAAAAAGAACAAGGUUCCGAAGGAAUGGGACGUUGUGCCUGGGCAGCCGAGUAAGCAGGAGAAGGAGAAAGAGCCCAACAACGCGCGCCAGAACAAGUUUACGCUGAGCCUGGCAAACCAAGCCCUGCCUCUGCUCAGUGCAACGUGGUGCUCCUUGACCUCCGUGACUGUCAAGGGCACGCCAGAAAGCUUGGACGACGCCACCAGGCAACAGGUGCCCGAGUUCUUGAAGAAGCUUGGGGACUGGAAGGCGGCCUGUGAGGCGACCUUAGCCAAGAAAGAAAACUGCACAGAGCUUCUGGAGACCCUGCCCUUCGGCAAGGAAGAGUGGAAGCCCACCUGCAAGGCUGCGAACGAAGUUGUGAAGCAGGUGAAGGUGUGCAAGUCGGAGGCUGCAAGAAGCAAGCGUGAAGCCAGGAGCGCCGCUAAGCGUGCAGCUGAGGAGGGCACAAAGGGCGCAGGCGCCGAGGCCAAGGGGCCUUCCAAGCGAAGGAGAGCCAAGGGACAGUAG